AUGGAAGAUGAAUACAGAAUAUUAAAUUUAUACAAAUCCAAACAGUAUGAUGAAUGUAUAAAACUGUGUAGUUCCUUGCUAUUUCGAAGGCAUGACCGAAUGGUAGAGUUUGUGCAAAUGCGUGCAAUGUCUAUACAAGCUAAAAUAAUUGGGAAUGGUUACGAAGAAGUUGAGUAUUCUUUACAAAAUGAUGAUUUAUUAUCAACUGCGGUUGCAAAAACUCCCCGACCGGGUACUACAUUCGUAAAAACACCCAGAACUAAUAUGCAAUCAAAAAGUGCAAUGAAAACUGGUGCAUCAACGACGAAGUCGCGUGGUUAUACGAAUACAGCACGUGCGUUUAGUGCCAGGAGCGCUCUUCAUACUGCAGCUCGGGCUUCACGGGCGGCCACUGCUUUGGCAGGGGUGCCCUUUGCCACCAAUACACCACUCUCUCUUCGAUAUCUCACAAAGGAGGAUAAGCUUUUUACUCCAGCAGCAAAAACUUUAUUUGAAUAUGUAUACUACAGCGAAGGCGACAUUCGUAAGGCGAUGGACAUAGCAUUUCAAGCACAGAAAAAUGAUCAAAAUGUCGAUUGGUGGUGGCAUUUUUCCUUAGCUAGGUGUUACUUAGUAUUAGGUAUGCACAGACACAGCGAAGAUUGCCUCCGACAAGCACUUAAACAAAACAAGCAUAUUGCUAUAUACCUCCGUUUAGUCGCAAUGUACGUAAGUUUAAACCAACCGUUAUCGGCACUAGAAGUUUGCAAACAAGGUUUGUCUGUGUUUCAUGAGUACACACCAUUAUCACUUGAACAAGCCAGGAUACAUGAUCAGAUGGGAAAUACCACAUUAGCACUUAAGGAAUAUCGAACAGUGGCUUCAGAAGAUCCAUCUAAUACAGAGGCAAUUGCUAGUAUAGCAACAUUUAAUUUUUAUAAUGAUCAACCGGAAAUUGCUCUAAGAUACUACAGACGAUUAUUAGCAACCUCUAAUCCUGGCCCAGAAAUUUACAACAAUCUUGGACUGUGCUGCCUUUAUUGCAACCAAUGGGAUUUGAUAUUGCCUUGCUUCCGACAGGCUCUCUACUUUUCUACAAGUCCUGAAAAUCGGUCUGAUAUAUGGUUUAAUCUUUCUCACGUUGCAUUGAUGAAUACCACUGCUGAUGAAGCCGCUCAAGUGAUUGCACUACUACAAUCAGGGAUGCGGCAAUGUGAUGUGGCUGGCAACUGA